CCCUUUCCACAAAAGAAAUCCAAAACCAAAACAACCAAGUCUUCUUCUUCUUCUCUCUCUUUAUCUCUCUCUGAGCUUCAAACACAGUCUUCUACAAAGCUCCGAUUCGAAAACCCUAAAUAGUUGCAAAAAUGUAUGGACAGAGUGGUUCUGAUGCGGAUUUUACCCUGCUCGACUCGAUUCGGCGACACUUGCUCGGCGGCGAGAAUAACAAUCAUAAUCCGGUGACGAAUUCCGGCGCCGGGCCGAUUUUCUCGCGGAGCUCCAGCUUCAGCAGCUUGUACUCGUGCUUGACGGACAACUGGGGGGAGCUGCCGUUGAAGGAGAACGACUCCGAGGACAUGGUGCUCUACGGUGUUCUAAGAGACGCCGUCAGCGUCGGCUGGGUCCCGUCUCUCGGGUCCGGGUGCGGGUCGGCCGACGGUUGCGGUUUUGAGUUUGCGGUGAAGUCGGAGCCAUGCUCGUUCGAUUUCGAGGUGAAGUUGGAGCCGGAGGACGCUUCGGCGGCGCCGGUGAGUAGCGCGCCGGAGACGAAUUCGGCCGUGGUGGCGGUGACUCAGCAGUCGGCUCAGGCCAAGCCGGCGGUGGUGGUGGCGCCGAAGGGGAAGCAUUACAGGGGAGUGAGGCAGCGGCCGUGGGAGUUCGCCGCGGAAAUCCGUGAUCCGGCGAAAAACGGCGCCAGAGUUUGGCUCGGGACUUUCGAGACGGCGGAGGACGCGGCGUUGGCUUAUGAUAGAGCCGCUUACAGAAUGCGCGGCUCGAGAGCGCUAUUGAAUUUCCCGCUCCGGGUUAAUUCGGGCGAGCCCGACCCCGUUAGGGUGACGUCGAAGCGAUCGUCACCCGAACCGGCCUCGUCUUCGGAGAGCGGGUCUCCGAAGAGGAGGAAGAAGGCGGCGGCGGCAGUGGCAACGGCAACGGCAACGGCGGUUCAAGCCGGGCUGGAAAUGGGGAGUGGGAUUGGGAUUGGGAUUGGGAUUGGGAUUGGGCAGCAACAAGUGGGAGGGCAAGUGGGGGUCUCGUGUACACGUGGCGAGCAGUUAUUGGUGGUUUGAUGGGAUGGAUUAAGUAGUAUUACUUGCAAGAAAAGCGAGAGAUGGCAAUCUAAUGGUGCGCUUCAAGUCGUGUCAUAAAGGUGUUAAUUAGCCAAUUAAAACCGACCUCUUCUUAAUCAAGUCAAGAAGCUUCUUCGAUUGCAACAUAUUUGUAUACUCGAAUUUAUUAACGGUAAACCAUUGUUGA